CAUGUGCCCGCCUCUCUCAGCAUCCUCACCUUCCCGUGUGCCCGCCUCUCUCAGCAUCCUCUCCUUCCCGUGUGCCCUCCUCGUUCUCCAUGCCCCCUGCCUGCCCAACUUACUCUGUGUGCCCCACCAGUCAGUGUGCCCGCCUCUCUCAGCAUCCUCACCUUCCCAUGUGCCCUCCUUGCCCUUGGUGCCCCGACAGUGAAGUACCGCUGCCAUUUAUUUCUGCUCGUGUUGUGGUUAUUAGCCCAGCUGCCUUGCCCCAGGAGCUGGAUUUCUUCCCCCGGGGGGGCAGAAUCUGGAAAACUAAGCCCUACUGGUGGAGGGUGCCUCCUCUGUGCACUGUGUUCCCCCAUAGGCAUGCUGUAUACAUGGGAUUUUUGGACACACGGGGGUGGAUGUGUGCUCAGGGUAGUUAUGAUCAGGUGUGUUUUCAUGCUUGUAUUUCAUAGUGUAAUAUUUUAAUUGGUAGGAUCUUGUUUUCCUUGUGUUUCACAAUGGUUUUGUCCUAUAGCUCCCAUAUCAAGUCACUGCUGUUAAUCCUGUUAUUUAAUGGGAAAUGAGCUACAUUCUACAUUUAUAGUGGAGUUCUUCGAACAUGCAAAGAAACUGUGGGAUGAUGAAGGAGUGAAGGCCUGUUUCGAGAGAUCCAACGAGUACCAGCUCAUCGACUGCGCUCAGUACUUUUUGGACCGAAUUGACUCUGUCAGUCAGAAUGACUACACACCGACAGACCAGGACUUGCUUCGUUGCCGAGUUUUGACUUCAGGGAUUUUUGAAACGCGAUUUCAAGUAGACAAAGUGAACUUUCAUAUGUUUGACGUCGGCGGCCAGAGAGAUGAACGGAGGAAGUGGAUCCAGUGCUUUAAUGACGUCACUGCCAUCAUCUUCGUGGUGGCCAGCAGCAGCUACAACAUGGUCAUACGGGAGGACAACAACACCAACCGGCUGCGCGAGGCACUCGACCUCUUCAGAAGCAUCUGGAACAACAGGUGGCUACGCACCAUUUCUGUCAUCUUGUUUCUCAAUAAACAGGACAUGCUAGCUGAGAAGGUCUUAGCAGGAAAGUCCAAAAUUGAAGACUACUUCCCAGAGUAUGUGCGCUACACCGUACCAAGUGAAGCAACUCCAGUCCCCGGGGAAGACCCAAAGGUCACCAGAGCCAAGUUCUUUAUCCGGGAUGAGUUUCUGAGGAUCAGCACAGCCAGUGGCGAUGGCCGACACUACUGCUACCCACAUUUCACCUGCGCCGUGGACACAGAGAACAUCCGCCGUGUCUUUAACGAUUGCAGGGACAUCAUCCAACGGAUGCACCUACGCCAGUACGAGCUCUUGUGAAGUGGCCCAGCGGGACUCUGAGUACUACUGAAGUGUGUCAGAUGCUCCUCCUCAUGCUCUCAUGUCCAUUGGGCUUGCUUGUUUCUCCACCUCCUUUUCUCUCCACCCCCCACCCUAUUCUUGUCCCCGCUUUUUCGAGGUGAGCAGUGCUUGCGGGCACAGUGCUGUCGUUUUUUUCCUCCCCAGCACCUCUUUUUCGGUGUUGUCAUUCCACUAAGCCUCUGGCUACCUCUUUUUGGUUCAUUUAGGGGGAGGCUUUUGUCGUGGGGCUGUGGUGUCAGUGUACCUGGACAAGCCGCUCUGUCCUGUGCUGGGGAGUGUUUGAGGAUCCCCCUGCUGGAGCCCUGCUUGUGACAGUGUGUCACCUGCCAGCUUCCAUGUGGGGGCGCCAAACCCCUCAGCAGGCUCUCUGCUUCUCUUUUCAACAGUGAAGAGUACUUGAUGCAAGGGGAUAGUGGGGGAAGGUGCACUUUGCAUCAGGUGACUUAAUAACUUUGAGGAUGCGUAGACACAGACAGACAGACAGGCACCCACCCACAGACAGAAACACAGACAGAUACACAGUGGCACCCACCCACAGACAGGCACACAGUGGCACCCACCCACAGACAGGCACACAGUGGCACCCACCCACAGACAGGCACACAGUGGCACCCACCCACAGACAGGCACACAGUGGCACCCACAGACAGGCACACACCUACAGACAGGCACACAGUGGCACCCGCACACAGGCACACACCUACAGACAGGCACACAGAGGCACCCGCACACAGUGGCACCCACCUACAGACAGGCACACAGUGGCACCCGCACACAGGCACACACCUACAGACAGGCACACAGUGGCACCCGCACACAGGCACACACCUACAGACAGGCACACAGUGGCACCCGCACACAGAGGCACCCGCACACAGUGGCACCCACCUACAGACAGGCACACAGUGGCACCCACCCACACAGAAGUACUUGCCCACAGAUGGACCCACAGAGGCACCCGCACACAGACACAAUGUAGCAACACAAUAUUUAUCGCGGUUUGUGACGUUGCGAGUUGUAGGUGGAUGGUGGCAUCCCGUCCACUUCUGGAAAGGGGCCAUGCAGGGCGGGGUCUCUGAGUCCCACCUCACCUCACGCCUGUCUGUCUCUCCCACCCAUCACCACUCUCACCUGACCUGUCCACAGGCCAUCCCAUUAGCUUAGAUCAUCUUGGACAAUAGCCCUAUACAUAAAUAUAAAUAUAUAUAUUAUAUUUUUUGUUUUAUUAUCUUGUACAGACUGUGCAAGGUUGGUUUAUCUUGUACAGACUGUAAAAUGUAAUAUUAUUUUGUACAACUUUAUUGAAGAAAAUCUCCUUGUAGAUGAUCUUUGUGCCUUGAUAAUGGCUGUACCUGUAAUAUGAGCUGAGAUGUAUGUUUUUGACCGCACUGUACAGCUUGAUGUCAGCCCUUUCAGCAGGAGAGCCUGUCGCUAGGGACCUUCUGUAGAGUUUCGUUUUUUCUGGUUUAUAUAACAAAGGAAAUGCUCUUUACUAUAAAACUUGAGGGGGAUCCUGUACACAUUAUGCAAAUGAACCACUUACCUAUGGUGAUGAGCAGACAUUGCAGUGACAUGCCUUUCUCAUUUGUUUUCCUUUAUUAUUAUUAUUAUUAUUAUUAUUAAUAAUAAUAUUUUUUUUUUAUUCUCAGCUUUAAAAACAUUGGAAUCCAUUGAAGUGUCCAAAUUGCAACCUGGUGUUGUUUUAAUAGGAACCAACCUUUUCGAUAUGAAGUACGUCUGAUGUGUUCACGCGUGUGCCAGCGAGCGUGAGCGUGUGCGUGAGCGCGGUGUACAUAAACGUGCGUGUACUCACAGCCUGAGCGUGUGCGCUUGUGGCUGUACGUCUGUGCUUUUUAUAAAUGUAUGUACAUGUAAAUUUAUAGAUCUAUAUAAAUAUAUAUGUACAAUUUAGACAUGUUUAGAUAUGUGUGUGUGCUUAGCCGUAUACAUAUGUCUGCACAGUAAAUGUGUGAAGGUGCACAUGCGGUGAGCAUUUUCGGGGCUCUGGGGGGUGCGGGGCGAGGGCCCUUGCCCCCCCACGCCGAGCAGCCAUCCGCUGUGCAGAGCAGGGAUAUGUGCUGUAAAGCUUGUUUGGUCCAGGAUCACGAAAUUACAUUUUUAUUUUCUUUUAAUAAAGAGGCACAUUAGAA